UCAGCGGAGCCAAGGAUAGAUUGAAUACUGUUUCUCUGUUUUUAAACACAAGAGUGAUGUAAGAUUGUUAAAGACGUAAGCACUAUCUUUCUAGAACUAACGUUACCCUGAGUUUGUGAUACGGUUGUUUUCAAUAGCUCCAGGACAGCGGGAUACAAGGACAAACUUUCCGCUGCAAACUUGCGUUCGCAGAGUUAGUUUUGGCCAAUACCUCCUGACUGAAUUUCUUGCUGUGUUGGAGAACAUUCCGGUGACUUUUCUAUUGCCCCUGGGUAUUUGGCAACGUAACAAGCAAAUUCAUCCUACGAGUUAACAACACUGACUGGAUCUUGUAAGCCCGCCUACCGAACACGCCGCCGACAACCCACGCAACUCCCACAAAUGAUGGACAGCUAUCCCUAUAAAAGUCGGACCGCAAACCAGCAACCGCCCUCACUCAUCCGUGUGAACAGUCGGCGGCACGUAGCCAUCAACAGGUCCCGAACACUGACAGGAAAAGGCGUCUGAGGAUGACAGCAGUGGGAAGACCAUCUCUCCUGGCAUUGGUGCUGGUUCUGCCGGUAUGCGCCAUGGGCUUUAUCUUCGCAGAGACCAUGCAUUCCCCCAGCAGCCUUCCUCCAUGGCGCUUACGUGGCCUGCAGCAGUGUCUCAAGGGGUCAUCAGUGAUCGGCUGCGACGUCUUCGCCUGUCUUGAAGACACGUGUGAAGCUGGAGGCAUGUACCGGCUCUGCCAGCGGCUCUUGGACAACGGACAUCGCUUCAACACACAGGGCAAAGUGUUCCUGAAAGGAGCACUACCCUGCAUGGCCAGAACCUUGACCAAUGACGUCAGCUUGGUGUCAGGCUCGUGUGUGGAGCUGCAGGAGCUGGUCAUCAUGGCGGAGUCGCACUGCUUAGAAGAACACGGCCUCUGCAAUGUGGCUGCUAACAACACUCAGGCCAUCAAGGCGAUCAUGCCUGUACAGGAGCUGCUACGGAACAGACCCACCUAUGAGCUGAUCCGGUCCAUCAUGGAGUGUGAGGAUGACGUCCGCGCGCAGUUCCGGCCCGACCUGACGGCAGCCGUGGGAGAGGCCGUCCUGUCCGUCAUGAACAAGUUCGGCCUGGGGUGCUGGUUCUCCAUGUACGGCUAACAACAACAAUGGGCAACAGUAAUCUUACAUCGGUGCCAUAGAUUAUAUCCAAGCAAAAUACAUCAUACAUUAUCACGUUUAUUGUGAGAAGAGUGAUAGAUGUCACUGGAAACGUCUGGAAGUAAUGCCCAAAUAUUAUCCAGUUGUAGAGAUCAUGAUUUGUCUUUGAAUGAUAUUUUGCUGAGCGGAACAAGAUAAAGAAACUAAAUGAUUUAAUAACGACUCAAGACCUUCAAUAAGCAAAUUACCGCGUGUUAUACUUAAUCGUUCAAGCUACUUUUGAUGUACAGUAGUGUUAAGUUGGGAUGAUACUCUUGCACAGAGAGUAAUCUACAUAACUUAACACCAUUGAACCUAGAUUGCUGAUACCAACAUUUCAGUCCUACAUAGACAUAGUAACACCUUGAAGAUUUCAUUCAGUAACAGCACAUUGCUUUGCACCAAAAAUGAGCUUUAUUGUUAGAGAAAAAUAUCACUUAAUAUUUAUUCAACACUGCUUCCAUCCGUUUGUCAAAAUCGUGACGAAGUAAUGGCGCGGAGAGAAUGACAAAAAAACACAUAUGUAAGACAAAGUCAGACGGUUACCGGUUGUGUGAUUUGUAACAGUGCUUCUUGAAUUGUUUCAUCAGUUACCUGUAUCAGAGCCUUAUGUAUUAUCCAGUCAGUUUCCCAAUAGGACACCCACCCUGUUCAGUCUGUAGGCGUAAGUAAGGAUUCCAUGGAUGUAUUGUUGGUCCAAUUACAACUUCAUGUCCUCAAGGAACCUCCUUGAUGUCC